AUGGGGAACGCGGAGAGCAUGGAGAGCCAGUUGGCUGUGAUCAGGUCCAGAGCUGCUCCAGUGAAGCUGCCGAUGCCCGACCCGGCCGAGCUCGAGGAACGAUUCUCCAUCGCCCUGAACUCCAUGAACCUGCCUCCAGACAAAGUGCGUCUGCUCCGAUCCUACGACAACGAGAAGAAAUGGGAACUCAUCUGUGACCAGGAGCGUUUCCAGGUGAAGAAUCCUCCUCACACCUACAUCCAGAAGCUCAGAGGGUUCCUCGACCCGGCGGUCACCAGGAAGAAAUUCCGGCGGAGAGUUCAGGAGUCGACCCAAACUCUGAGAGAACUCGAGAUCUCACUGAGAACCAACCACAUCGGUUGGGUUCGUGAGUUCUUAAACGAGGAGAACAGAGGUCUGGAUGUUCUAGUGGAGUAUCUGUCCUUCGCUCAGUACGCAGUCACGUUUGACGGUGAGUCUUCAGACGGCGGCAGUGAGGUGUCGUCCAUAGAUUCUCCAUGGAGCAGAUCCAUCGAAGAUCUACACGGAGAAUGUAGCCUCCCCUCGCCCUCGUCCACCGCCCCCAGAGCGCAGAGACUCUCCAUCAGCUCGGCUCUGGUCACUCGUUCCAACACGCUGCCGAGUCGUCGGACUCUGAAAAACUCCAGACUCGUUUGUAAAAAAGACGACGUCCACGUCUGCAUCAUGUGUCUGCGAGCCAUCAUGAACUACCAGUACGGGUUCAACAUGGUGAUGUCACAUCCUCACGCCGUCAACGAGAUCGCCCUGAGCCUCAACAACCGGAACCCCCGGACCAAAGCUCUGGUUCUGGAGCUGUUGGCGGCCGUGUGUCUGGUCAGAGGAGGACAUGAGAUCAUCCUGUCGGCCUUCGACAACUUCAAAACCGUGUGCUCUGAGUCGAUGCGUUUUGAGAAAUUGAUGGAACAUUUCAAGAACGAGGACGACAACAUCGACUUCCUGGUGGCGUGCAUGCAGUUCAUAAACAUCGUGGUUCAUUCUGUGGAGGACAUGAACUUCAGAGUCCAUCUUCAGUACGACUUCACCAAACUGUGUCUGGAGGAACACCUGGAGAGGCUGAAGCACACAGAGAGCGACAGGUUGCAGGUUCAAAUCCAGGCGUAUCUGGACAAUGUGUUUGACGUGGGGACACUUCUGGAGGACGCUGAGACCAAGACGGCGGCUCUGGAGAGAGUCGAGGAACUGGAGGAGAACCUCAACACGAUGUCGGAGCGAGUUCUGGAUGUGGAGAACGAGGCCAUGCUGAAGAUCGUGGAGCUGGAGAAACAGCUGAUGCAGACCAACAAAGAACUGGAGCAGAUCAGGGAGGGCUUUGCGAACGCGAACUCUCAGGUUCACACGUUGAGGCGGAUCGUUAAAGAAAAGGACCAGACGAUUCGGCGCCAGAGCCGCCUGGAGCGCCAGAGCGACCACAGCCCGGCCAAUCAGAGAGGAGAAGGAGACGGGGGCGUGUCCGAGUCUUCCCCCACCACACCUGUCGCCCAGGUGAGUCCCUGCUGUGGGCUUAGACCUAGUCCUGAGACCGUGGCCUUUCACACUCUGGGUCCUGCGGAGAUGAUGCCUCCUCCUCCUCCUCCUCCGCCGCCGCCCCCCGGACCUGCCUGUGUGUCGAACGGCCCGUACCCGCCCCCUCCGGCCCCGCCCCCUCCUCCCUCUCCCCUGACGCUUCCCCCGGCCCCGCCCCCUCCGCCCUGCAGAACCAGUGAGCUGUCGAGCCACGUCCCCAUGGCCCCGCCCCCUCCUCCUGUAGCCCCGCCUCUCCCCGGGACCGGAGCGCCGACCGUCAUCUUCAGCUCCGGACUCGCAGAGGGACCGCUCAAACUUUUCUCGGUGAAGAUAAAGAAGCCGAUCCAGACCAAGUUCCGGAUGCCCGUCCUGAACUGGGUCGCCCUGAAGCCGAGUCAGAUCAACGGAACGGUGUUCAACGACAUCGACGACGAGUCCAUCCUCCAGGAGCUGAACAUGGAGCAGUUUGAGGAGCUGUUUAAGACCAAAGCUCAGGGUCCGGCCGUGGAUCUGACUCUGUCCAGACAGAAGGUUCCUCAGAACAUCUCCAAAGUGUCUCUGCUGGAGGCCAACCGCGCCAAGAACCUCGCCAUCACGCUCAGGAAGGCGGGACAGAGCGGAGACGCCAUCUGCAGGGCCAUACAGAUGCUGGACCUGCGGACGGUGCGUGUGGACUUUGUGGAGUGCCUGAUGAGGUUCCUGCCCACGGAGGCGGAGGUGAAGGUUCUGCGUCAGUACGAGAGGGACAGGAAACCUGUGGAGAACCUGAGCCACGAGGACAGAUUCAUGCUCCAGUUCAGCCGCAUCGAACGCCUCAGUCAGAAGAUGUCGAUCAUGACCUUCAUGGGGAACUUCAGCGACAACGUGCACAUGCUCACGCCGCAACUUCACGCUAUGAUCGCAGCUUCAGUUUCCAUCAAGUCCUCCCAGAAACUCAAGAAGAUCCUUGAGAUCAUUCUGGCUUUGGGGAACUACAUGAACAGCAGCAAACGAGGAGCAGUUUACGGCUUCAAACUACAGAGUCUGGACCUGUUGUUGGAGACCAAGUCGACAGACCGGACCCAGACUCUUCUUCACUACAUCUCCAACGUGGUUCAGGAGAAAUACCCCACGGUGGCGCCAUUUUACAACGAACUGCACUACGUGGACAAGGCCGCCGCAGUGAGCCUGGAGAACGUGCUGUCAGACGUGAAGGACCUGCAGAGGGGGAUGGAGCUCACCUGGAGAGAGUUCAGCGUCAGCCACAACGCCACGCUCAAGGACUUCAUCUCCAGGAACGAGACCCGACUCCAGAAGCUCCAGGAGGACGCGCGGAUCGCACAGGAUGCGUUCGAGGACGUGGUGAAGUUUUUCGGGGAGAGUUCAAAGACGAUGCCUCCGUCUGUUUUCUUCCCCAUUUUUGUGCGAUUCAUCAAAGCCUACAGGUUGGCGGAGGAGGAGAACGAGGCUCGGCGGCGUCAGGAGCAGAUGCUUCUGGAGAAACUCGAGGAACAACAACUUCUACAAGAAGAACAACAGGAGACCAAGUCUCCGUCUCGGGGGAAGCGGCAGCAGCAGGAGCUCAUCACAGAACUGAGACGAAAACAAGGAAAAGAGCGAGGCCACGUGUACGAAGGAAAGGACGGAGCCAUCGAGGACAUCAUCACAGCCCUGAAGAGCGUCCCGUUCACAGCACGAUCGGCCAAACGCAGCUCACGCUUCCUCUGUGAGCCCGCCCACCUGGAUGAGCACUGACCAAUCAGAGCCCACCUUGACGGGCACUGACCAAUCAGAGCCCACCUGGAUGAGCACUGACCAAUCAGAGCCCACCUUGACGGGCACUGACUAAUUAGAGCCCUCCUCGAGUGACAGCACUUUUUAAACAUUUGUAUCAGAACCAGGACUAAACCGGGACUAAAACGGGACUACACCAGGACUA